AUGAAAUUUUUAAUCGUGUUUGUUUGUUUGUUGCACGGGAGUUUACAACAACAAAAUUUAUAUCGUCAAACGAUAAUACAACGAAAUGAAAACAACGCGAAUAAAAAUAAUAUAGAAGAUAUCCGUUAUUCUUAUUUAAACGGAGUACAACCGGAAUAUAAAGAUUUACAUAAUAACGUGGAAAUAAAUAACAAACAAAUAUACAAUCAAGUAUCAGAAGAAGAAGAAGAAACUUCAGAAACGGAAAAUGAAAAUCAAUACGCAAUUAAUACGCCGGAGGAAAAGGAUGAUGGCGAUGAUGAUAACAAUAAUAAAAAUUAUAUUAAAAAAAUGGCAGAACAAUUGCUAUUGGCACGACAAAGGGUUCCAAUAUUGAGUGAUUAUCAAAGGAAUAUAUUAAAACAAGAUCCGCUAGUACAAAAAUACGUUUUCGGUCCGAAAGAACAAUCAACUACCAGGCCAACCGUGAAAAGAUCUCGAUCCAAACAAAAAGAAACGAUAAAAAAUUCCGAAAUCUCAUCACAAAAUUUAAAUCCAUCAUCGAAAUCAUCGUCUGCAACGUCUAGAAGUGGUAAUGGUGGUGGUCGUCGUGGUGUCGGUGCCUCACCAUCGAGAAGAGCCAACAUCCAAGAACAAAAAUACGGUAUUCAAAUGAAUAGUGAUAAUUCGAAUCAGGGUAGCGAAUUACAAUACGUCACGGUACCACCUCCGGUGCUGCCAACUCAACAGCUUACGUCAAAAGUACAAUUGAUACCGAAUUCUCAACCCUACGUAAUAUAUAAUUUGGAAGAAAGUCAAAAACAACCUCAAGUACACGCGAUUCCAAUAUUAACUCCAGUUAAUUACAAUAUAAACCUACAACCCACGGUCACUCCAGUUUAUCAUCAUGAACAUGAACAUAAACUAGAAGAUGACGACGGUCACCAUCACGCUUCUCCAAAAUACAAAUACAUGUACAACGUGAAAGAUUACGAAAAAGAUACUCAUUUCGGUCACAUGGAAUCUCGUUCAGACGAUACCACUUACGGUCAUUAUUUUGUUCAGUUACCAGAUGGAAGAAUUGAAACCGUAAAUUAUUGGGCUGAUAAGAGCGGAUAUCAUGCAAAUGUUGAAUUUCGCGGACGGGCAAUACAUCCUCAUCAACAUCAUCAUCUUAAUCAAGAGACUGAAUUUAAUUCGAUACACUGA